AUGCUUAGUGGCCCAAUUCCUCGGACUUUUGUGGAUCUACUCCAUAUUAAUCAUUAUAGCACCGAGAAUUUCAUCGUACAAAAUUAUGGAAUUACAUUGGAUAUUGACUUUAGUCAUAACUUCCUUGAUGGUGAAUUUACCCAUUUGUCACUUGAUCAUAUUAGACCUACAAGCAUCAACUUUAGCUACAAUAGUCUCAUAGGCAAAAUUCCAGAUUUCUUAGUUUUAUUUAAGAAUAUCAAUUUAUCGUACAACAAGCUUGAAGGCAAGGUUUCUGACCAAAUUCUGCAUCGUUUUGAUGUAAGUGCUGUUUUGGGUAAUCAAAACCUUUGUGGUAGUAUUCUCCCGCUUCACCCUUGUGAUUCACAAAAUCAUGGAAUAUUCAAAACGCUAAUCAUUCUGCUUCCCUCAAUUUUCUUGUUCCUUCUCUGUUUUUCUUGCUUCACUCUUGUUCGUUCUCGAACAAAGAACAAGGUCACCCAUGAGACAAAGUCAAAUAAGCAUGGAAAUGUGUUCUGCAUAUGGGAUUAUGAUGGCAAGAUUGCGUAUGACGAUAUUAUAGAGGCAACAGAAGACUUCGAUAUUAAAUAUUGCAUUGGCACUGGUGGGUAUGGAAGUGUUUAUAGAGCAAGGCUUCCAAACGGUAAGGUCGUAGCUCUAAAGAAACUUCAUACCCGUGAAGCCCAAGAGACAACUCUUUUCAAAAGUUUCCAAAAUGAAGUUGAUAUGCUCAAAGAGAUAAGGCACAAGAACGUCAUUAGACUCCAUGGAUAUUGCCUCCAUAAACGUUGCAUGUUUCUCAUUUAUGAAUACAUGGAGAGGGGAAGCCUAUUUUGGGUGUUGAGUAACGACAAAGAAGCAGAGGAAUUGGAUUGGAAGAAAAGACUGAACGUCAUUCGAGGAGUUUCACAUGCUUUGUCAUACAUACAUCAUGAUUGCAUUACUCCAAUCAUUCAUCGGGACGUCACAACCAGUAAUAUACUUUUGGACUCAAAUUUAAAUGCUUUUUUAUCUGAUUUUGGUAUCUCGAGAUUACUUGAUCUUGAGUCAUCUUAUCAUACCACUAUUGGCGGCACUUGUGGAUAUAUAGCUCCAGAAUUAGCAUACACCAUGGUUAUAACAGAAAAAUGUGACGUCUACAGUUUUGGAGUGGUGGCAUUGGAAAUCAUUUUCUUGGUUUCAAGCGUAUUCUUCGCUAUGUCAAGGGAAUACUCUACUUUGGCGAAAUACUCUACUUUGGCAUUACCUUUCGUUCAUCCAUUGUUCCUAGUGCGCGAGUGGCUUAUUCGGAUGCUAACUGGGCUAUCUGUCUUGAUACUCAUGAACAUACUCAAAUUUAGUGAAGAUCCAAUAGUUGAAAUUGAAGAUACAAAGGAUUUUCUCAUCACGGUCACUACUUUAGAUUAG